AACUUCUUUUCUUCUGAACCGAUCUGGACGUAUAACCAACUGCCACACGAUUGAUCAAUUCCUUUCUGUUCAGGAACGUCUUCAUCAUCCAAUCAAGAAUUUCCUACUACCUUGGUACCUUUUUCCUAGACGACGUCACUGGAAGUCAUUUGCUGUUGAUUAUUUAUAUUUACAUGUGAAGUGUCGACGAAUCCCUUAGGGAGUUUUCUGAAGAUUCAAUUGAUUUCUUUCUACAAACUCGUUCCGUUGCUAUUAGACGCAGAAAACAGACCAGAUACAAUGGCAACAGAAGACAAAGAAGAUCUCCUAGACUUCAACGCUAAGAAGAUGGACGAUCAAAUGGGUGAAUUACUCGAUUCCUUCGAAUCCCACCCCCUAAUGCAACCCCCAGACACCCAUCCAACCCUCUUCUUCAUCUUCGACUUCAUCCGCAACACCCGCAAAGAAUUGAGGUCAAUCGACAUCAACAAACUCCGCGAAGGGGACUCGGAAACCAAAAAACAAGUCGUCGAUGUCAUGGGCCGAAACGGGUUUGCGAAUGCAUUGAUCAAUGAUUCGACGGGGAGAUUGGCCGUGUUGACUGGUGGGGAUCCUGGGAAUCCGGUGGGUUUUGGGAGUGAGAUUAAGGAAGGGAUUGCUAGGUUGGUGGGAAGGGAUUGAGAGUCUUAGGUCUGCCCAAUCUGGGAUAUGAGGGAGGUUUAUGAAUUAUGAAUUAUGGUAAUGGUAUGCUAUGACGAGGAGGAUGUACGAUGGAUGGGUUGAUUAGCACGUUUGGAUAUUCUGCGAUUUGUCACUCUUUUA